AAGGUAAAACCAGAUGAGACACUGUUCUAUCAAGGAAAAACCCUUGUGAACUUGGACGCAACUUGUUCUUGUGUCCGAGUUCAUUCCCAUCUCAAAAUGAUUGUGACGUUGAUCCGAACGAAAGAUCUUCAUCUUGUUGCACUGAGCCUAUAUUCGGCGUCACCAAAAUCUUAUCUGGUCUUCGUCUUUCCAGUAAACUUCGUGCCAGCAUGAUCCUAUCAUUCGAAUCCCGCGUGGCUGUAUCAAUGGAAGAUGUUGAGUCAUCGUCUAGUGUGGCGAAGGACGUGAACUUGAACUUCUGUUACUGGUAAAAGGAAGAAGAAGCAGAACGAUCCUUGUCGCCUGUGAAUUUAAUCAUGGACACUUAAUUCCUUGCUUGCACAAGCACACCGUGUUAAUACUAGAUGUAGUUGUAAGUAGGGUAGGGCUAUCUACUUUCUAUUACGGUUUUUUUUUGUGUGGCGAGAUUGUAGAGUAGCAAAAGGCAACCCUGGCUGCGUAUACUUUUGUGUGUCUCGUCUUUUUUUGUAUUACAACUAGUACAAAAAAUCUUUUAACUUGGACUUCCCCACCCACAACGCCAGCAAAUUGUUGUAUGAUUAACCAUUGAACCUCUACAGCAACACUGGCAUAUUUUCAAUUGAGUAUUAUCUUUAUCUCACGACACGCACCGCUCAGCAAAUAAGUUUUCUCGACAAAUAAGUUUUUGAAGUUGACAGCACCUUUUUUUCUCUCAAAUAAGUUUUGGAAUAAUUGAAAAUAUCAACAAAAUGCAGUAUCAGAAUCGAGGUCCUGCCUUUGCAAAAGGUGGAGAAGCGGCUGGUCAGCCAUUGGUGCAGCACCAAGAACCCGAUUGGACCAUCAAGGAGGGUGCCAGUGAAUUCGAACGUGAAAAUUUAUGAACAAAGAUGAAUAAUGCCUGUGUACUAAUCAACGUGUGUAGUAGUAGUAGUGGUAUGUAGUUGUAGAUGAUACUGUGUGCUGCCGGAAUUGAUAUGCUUGUCUUUUGCUUCUUUCCUUUGGUUAAUUGUUUUUUGUCCGGCUGUUGGCCGCUAGAUUCUUAACGUUAUGAUAAGUAUUGACGUCAUUUUGCGGAUGUAAGGAUCAUAUUUCUUUUCUGCGUUUAUUUCUCAGCCUUUUGUUCAUCGGUGAUAGUUGCUUCGCGACACCCUUCCUUUCCCACUAUUUAUCUGCUUCGACUCUCUACCUCCGUGUCUAGGACGUAAGUGUUUACUUUUAUCUUUCAUCUGUUUCACCAACGCUAUCGUUUUAUCCACCUUUCACUUUAGUAACUUUCUCCCCACCUCCUCCUUUGCUACUCUCCAGUCCCCUCUCCACCCACCCACCCACUACCCAUCCUCACCUCCGCCUCGCCACUCUGCUCUAAUCACCGACUACGUCCAAUUUUUCAAGUACAUCCAGGGACACCAUUCGUGCACGCACUCUUCGAUGAUUGGACCUAGCGAUCACCGUAUCCCCCGAUCCGGUAAAUUCGAUGUCACGAAAAGGGAGGCUUUGGAGAAAUUGUAUUAUUUCUUCAGGACUAUCUGCAGUGACUGUAGCGAGUCUUUUUGAUGGAGUACCAUGGGUCUAUGGUGUAAUCCGUAAUGAACGGAAUUCGAAAUAGACCCGGAAUUAUCUCGACAAAUUUUAUUCCAGGCGGCCAGGAUAGUAAAAAUGAAAAACAUCUUCAUAAUACGUACAACUAGCGGAAUGCAUAAUUCUUUUCGUUUUUGUUCCUGAAGUAGGUGAAAAAAUGCUGCCUGAAGUAGGUGAAAAAAUGCCGCCUGAAGUAGGUGAAAAAAUCCCGUAGGUAGUACUAGAAGUAACCCACCAGUGCAACUCCCUGAAAAUCGGAAAAUAUUCGCACAGCAUCCCACAACAAUAAGAGUUUUUUACAACUAGCGCCAAUUCUUUCCUUUUUCCCAACGACAUGGAAUAGCUAUAGUAUAGAAUUCAUCUUUUUUUCCCAACAAGCGUGACGCGUGUGCGUCGAUAGGGUCGCACGCGAACAUGACAAUAUGAAUAAUAUUCCGAAUAAUAAUACGAAGAAUAAUGAUUUCCCAAUGAUAUUACAGAUAAUAAUAAUGAUACUACUACUAAUGUCCCACCAUCACAUCACCAAUAUAUAUCUAAGGUAUUCCGCCGUUUCACCAUCACAUCACCAAUUGUCCCACCACCAUCACCAAUUGUCCGACCACCAUCACCAAUUGUCCGACCACCAUCACCAAUAUAUAUCUAAGGUAUUCCGCCGUUUCUUUUUUCUACCGACAAGGCAAGCCUCUGGUGUUGUGUGAGAUCGCGACUUCGCGAUUUCGAUUCUUCGAAGACGUCGAUCUCCUGCUUCCCCCAGAAUUGAAGGAUCAUUUGCCCCAACUCCAGGAUCAAUGGGUCAACCACCUGUUGCGCCACAGAGGUGCGGUCCUCGGUGCCGUCUGGAGAAGCGACGAUCCGUUGGGUAUUUUUUUAACUUGUUUUUUGUUCUACUUUUGAGAACAAGCGAUGAUCAUUCCGUUGGGUAUUUUUAUAAGUUGUUUUUUGUCCUACUUUUGAUGGAGGUCGUGGUGGAAUAAUGCUGCAUAUUUGAGUAGGUGUAGGUCUACAUCAUCGUCCUCGAACGUUGAUUACUUAGCAUUUAUAAGGGAAGACUUUUUCACCUUCAUUUACUACUGAACUCAACAUAUUUAUUAGAUCACCUCUUAAAGUUUUUAGUUCAGGGGUUAGUGUACUCUAUGACCUACAAUCUAGGCCUCUCAUCAUCAUUAGAUCACCUCUUGAUUAUAUCAGUAUAAAUCUCUGAGUUCUCAAGACGACAAUUCAUGCAUCCCUCUACAGGCGUCCGAUGCCAAGGUCCCAGUGCGACGGUCCAUGUUUUCAGCAGCAGCGGAUGGAGUUCCCGACACAAUGCUCCAAAAAUCUCCCUCCACUUCGUCUGGCCCGAUCUCAUCGUCACACCAAGAGAGGCGAAGGGAAUUCGUAAUAAUGCUACUACCUGAAUGAAUGAAUGUCACUAUGUUGUUGUAUAGGUAGAGGAUCUCGUGCCACUUAUUUCUGGAUCUAGUGACUGGUGGAAAAAGCAUGUUGAUCACAUUCCAGUAAAAAAUUGAAAUUUUACUUCAUCAUCAUUUAAUCCUCUCCACCAUCCACACCACACUCCAAGCCAACCACACCCACACCACCACAACUCCGAAGGUUCCGCCACCAUCGAAUUUCUCCGUGAGAGCUGCAGUCAAGAAUUGAGCGAGAUGUUGGUGAAGUGCUAUGCCAAAAACGAGCUUCAGAUGGACCAGGACAUGUCCCCAUGGGAAGAAAUCUUCGAUAAGGCGGCCACAGAGGGAACGAGUUUGAGGUACUUAUCUUUUGUGUGGUGGGGUUGUUGCUAGUUAUUUUUAGGGGGGCUCAAUGUGCAGGAUUUUUAUUUUUAAUUUAUAACCCAUUAGCAGGGUUGCUGCGGUGUUGGUGUUAGCCUCGGUUGUGUUAGCCUAAAAUCAUUAUGAUUAUUACAACUCAACCUCACCUCUAAAGGCUGGUCUUCUGCGACAAGGGAGCUAAGGCAGAUCUAGAAAAGAAAACUGCGGCUAGACUCGAAGGCCGACCGAAGGUUCCAGUUGGAACAUAUUCGGUAUUUGCAACCUAAGGAUUUUGAGAAACCUAAGGAAGAUGUCACGAGAGAUUGGACACCACUAUGCCUUUUACUAAUGGCAUGCCCUGAGUCUUCAGUUGAUAAUUUUUGUCUGAAACAAAUACGGAUCAUGGAUCUUUUUACCUUGGCUGAGUUAUUAUGUAGCAAGCACGCGGCCAAUAAAACGACUUGCCUCUCCCAAAUAACUACAAGUCAUUCAAUCAUUCACCCAUCUCUCUACACCCCUCCAACCUAGGUCGCUCUCGUUCCGGGUAACGUUAACGAAUCCGUCCCGACUUUGGUGAAGGCGCCGAAUGAGAAGGGCGAUAUUGAGUGGCUCUUUGAGGCAUCGAUCCGAUUGGACGGUGGCGUAGCCGACAUUCCGCCAGUUAGCAACGUCUGGUUGAGCGCUUCUCUUAAGGCAGUAGUAUGAGGAAAUAAGAAUUUUUCAGUUUGUCAUCCAGUUUUUGGAGUGGAUUUGGAUCUAAGUACUUAGCUUACUUGUCUGCGCCACAGGAGCAAUGGUAUUCAAGAAUAUUCAAGACAUGCAAUAUUCAUGAAGGUGGCUCUCAAGAGGCCUUGUUGUACGUCCCCGUAUAUAUGAAAUGAAGUACUCAUAGUAUUUACAUCGUCUCGACUUUCUUUUUUCGUACCUCUAAUCCUGAAACCAAGGGUCUUGCAGGAAUCAAGCCACAGCCAGCACCGAAUGGCGCUUUGGGAUCCGAAAUGGCGGGAGCAGGAGGCUACGAGAACGAGUACUUAUACCUCUACUAUUUCAGGAUAAAAAACAUGAUUGAGUUUCUUAAAUAUUCUUGAUGACUUCAAAAAGCGCGCGAUAACGAGAUAUUUAUUGAAUUUCUUCGAGAUGAUGGUCUUACCUUGAAUGUCACGGGAUCUAUUGGCACCUUGAUUUACUCCGAAUAAGUAGUUAGCUUCUCAUCUUUCCCACGGCUAGCUUGAAGAUGCUCUUUAUAAUACUUGAAAACUACUAGUAGACUCUGAUAUACUUCUUAUGUACAACCAAUUCAAUACCAAGUCCCUCAAUUCCUCGGCUCUGAUAUACUUCUUAUGUACAACCAAUUCAAUAAAGACUACAUUCCGUUCAUAAAAGUCACAGGUUGAGUCAGCAGAAUCCGGAUAGCAUGAUGCCGAAUGGAGGAGACGCCUACUCUCAGAUCAAAAAGGAACUUCUAGGAAAGAAGGUCGAUCAGAACUCCAACUGGAUGACAGUCGAAGAAUACAGCCCACCCAUCCAGGACAAGAUGAUUGGUUCCUUUUUUUAGGGUGUUUUUACUUUCUUAGGGUUUAUUUUACACCAAUUCUUCAAGGUAAGAUCAUGAUUGAUAGUUGGUUUGUGAACAUAAAUUGAUUGUGGAUACGUGGUCAUGGAGGUAAGACGAUUAGUUGUCCUUAUUUUUGAAAACAGAUGUUGUGCCCGUGGGGCUCGUUGAGAAGGAUCCACAACCUAACCUAACCAAAACAGAUACUGCCUAUAUGAUCUUCUACGUAAAACUCAAUGAGGAUUCAAAAAACACAAUCCCACUACAGUGAAACUCGACGCAAACGGUGGCCAGAUUGCUGAAUUGAAGAUUUCCGAGGACGUCUUUAACUAUCCGGUCGAGAUCACCUAUAUCGCUAUGGAUGGCACGAACAAAGAGUACAUAUUUAUAAAUAUUUUCGUGGAUUCGUUCUCACUCUAGUAGGCACGACAUUUGUGACACGGCCGUGAAAGCUUCUGUUAGGAGCCGCCGAAGUCGACCAUUGAAUUGAAUUGUAGCAUUAUAUACCUUUUACCUAACCUUACUUUUUCUUCCUAGUUAGCUUGGCUCCGCCCGUAUUUAGUAGCAGGAUGAUCACCCAACUCUCUCGUUUCUUUAGAGUUCUAUUUAGAUACGGCGUUUGUAAGUAUGUAUGUUCACAGCAACAUUCUAAGUCCACUCCAUCUUCAUGCAUUUCAGGUACUUGAUGCACUUCCAACCGGGCACCGAUAAGUAUGGCACGUGGUUCCACAAGGAAGAUGCCGAGGACACGUGGAUGUGGAGAAAGCCAGCGGUUCCGCAACUCAAGGAGAACGGAGGCGCCGUCCACGAAUGGCCAUCUUGGGCUGAAUUCGUCCUGAUCGAAAUUGCCGGUCAUGUUAAGGCUUUUGACUUAGAACAUACUUUUAACGUAGAUCAUGUGGCUCAGUGAGUGGACUAGAUAGUAGUUGUACUUAUUUUUGACUUAGAUCAUGUGGCUCAGUGAGUAGACUAGGACUAGAUAGUUGUACUGCUGUGGAUUUAUAUAGGCUACUUUCUUUGUAGACUAGGGAAGAAUUUGGUUGAUUCAUAGGAUUCCUCAUCUAAUCGUACGGACACAUCCGGCAAGACAAUGGGAUUAGCAGCUAUCAUCUGCGCGGUGAGUAAUGUGCCAACAAGCGGAAAAGUACACGGAGAGGCAUACUGGAAGGGUACUGCAGAUUUUUGAUAUUUCUGAUAUUUUUGUGGCGCGUACCUGUAAGUUAGGGUUUAGAUUUCCUCCGCAGGUUGGUUGUUGCAGAUUCUAUGGCGUAAUAGUCUAAUCGUCAGACCUAUUCCUGCUUGCCCAAAAUUUCCACCUAAUAAGCUAACCCUACUACCACCACUCAACAUCAAACUACCACAAACAGGUCACAUGAGUUUUGGACCUAAGGAUUUCGGUGAUGAUGUCGCAUACAACGUCAAUGUGCCUCUCGCCACAGUCGCUGCUGUUGUCUUCGGUCUCAAGGCUGUCCUCGAUCUCCGAGAAAAGAUUGGCGGACCGAAGAUAAAGGGUAUCUAUAAGAACUUUCCAAUUGAUGUGAUCAACAUGUUUUCCUUGCUAUGGUGACCACCAGGAGUUUGAAACGUAGCACACGGCAACUACUUGUUCUCUAGUACAACAUCAGAGUGCUUCCAAAGCCAAAAACAAUCCUCCUCCUUGCACCACUCUUAAAACUAACAACACACCAGGUAUCUUCAUUUCUUCCGAUCACACGGUUGUCGAGGCUGCGGUAGACGGUCAGUGCAGCACGCCGUAUUUGGAAGCUAUCAGCCGACUUUUGACCGCCUACAAACAGGAAAUCCUGGAUGACGACCAUUUCCCCAACUGCUUCAACUUCGCAGUUUCCAAGAUUCAGGCAGCAGCAAACAAAGCGGCCAAGUUGGCGAGAGAGGCGAGACAGUUGGCAGGUACUUAUAUACUACAAGUAGUAGAAGUAUUACCUUCAUUUUGAAUGUUCUUGUUUGCUUGGUGCUGUUAAGUUCAUUACAUUUAUGAUCCCAAGGGAAGUCCUCCUCCCCUAUCCUAUGAUCCCAAGUGACUUUCCCACCUAUGAUCCCAAGUGAAGUCCUCCUCCCUUCAUCACAAUUAAGUACUUUCUCAAACACCCGCUUCUUCACAGGUGACGAUGACAUGGCCGGAUGCUCGAUGGGUGACAUCGAGUUGUAUGACGCGGUUAUCUCUAGUUGCGAAGCUGCUGCCGGUGGUGUUAAGUCGGCUGGUGCCGCUCCGGGGCACUAAGACGUCUACAUGAUACUAGAGGAGUUCCUAGAAACCUAGUCGGUGGUACGAUCCUAGGAUUUAGGGUUUCGGGAAGAUGAAGAUCUUGUCUAACCAUAUCGUUUGAAAAUUCUGCUCGUAACACCUUUUUCAACCCCUAAUUAUUAAAAGCUAACAUCAGCAUGAUGAACAUUCGUUUUUGCUAUAUAGACUUAUCAAAAAGUUAUUACUAUUCGCUAUGAAGGUACAGAUUGAUAGUUUGAAUUGUAUUCAUCGUUCUGCCCGCGACUUCUAAGUCAGUUUGUCAUGAUAGUUAUAAAUCGUUGUUUUGAUAAAUCACGAGUUUCCAACGCCGGGAGUAGGUAGCUGGUGAUAAGAUUCGUGUCUGCCGUAUGUCAUAAAACAUUGAUUACAAGCAGCCGACCUACCUUGAGGUAGAAAACAAACAGCUGAAGUCUUUUUACCUAAGUACAACAGAUGAAGGUUUUCGUUUUGAGUGGUAUGAUUGUAUGUAGAUCCCUUCGGGCCACAACAUAGUGCAUGCUCACUUACGCCACUGACUCUUAUAUAGAUAGUUACGAUAACUGUUUGUCUAUGUUCACAAUCAAAUCUAAAUGAAUUUUUAUCGGUUUUACUCUUAUAUGAUCCUCGCUAUUGUUACAAUUCUAUGUCCUGUCCCAUAUUAAUUUAAGCGUAUCAUUAGCCAAACAUUGGAGGACAAAACUCGUUCCCCACAAUUUAUUAUAUUCUUCGCCAUUUCUGGAACCCGCAUUAGUUGAGAAAAAUUCUAGAUGCCAGCACAGGGAAAGUUGGUAUACAACUCGUGGCGGCGAAAGCAUAGUCACAAUUAUGCCGCACAACAUCAUGAUGCAACAUGAAUGAAGAUCUCAUUGUAGAACCUGGGGGGACCACGCAUUGCCAUUCAUGAGACGACCACGCAUUGCCAUUCAUGAGACGACCACGCAUUGCCAUUCAUGAGCUGUUGACCACAAACCAUUCAUGAACCCGUACCACAUGAAAUUACACAAACGCAGUAUUCGCAAUUUCUUUCACAUAUUGUUAGUCUCCAUAAGAUAAUACACAGAAACACCUAAAUCCAAGAUAUUUUUAUGAGAUGGUGUUCAAAGUACUAUUAUUGGACG